AUGUUUAAUGAUGCAUGACAAACGUUUUAUUAUGUUUUCGCAGCUCUGUACUGUAUCUGUAUCUCAGUGAGAUCUUGGUUCAGGUUUUGUUUGGAAUACUCGUCCUGGUAUACCUCCCUGAUUUGGAUCCUUAUCCCGGUUACACACCAAUGAGGACUGAAUUGGUUGAUGAGGCUGAAUAUGAAGAACUUCCUGGAGGAGAGCAAAUAUGUCCUGAGAGGCAUGCCACUAUAUUUUCCAGGAUAUUCUUUUCAUGGAUGAGUCCCCUCAUGCAGCAAGGGUAUAGAAGACCUAUUACAGAGAAGGAUAUCUGGAAGUUAGACACAUGGGAUAGGACAGAAACAUUGAAUGAAAAAUUUCAGGAAUGUUGGGCUAAAGAAAUGCGAAGGCCUAAACCAUGGCUUUUAAGGGCAUUGAAUAGUAGCCUAGGAGGACGGUUUUGGUGGGGAGGUUUCUGGAAGAUUGGCAAUGAUCUCUCCCAGUUUGUGGGGCCGCUUGUAUUGAACCACCUGCUACAGUCCAUGCAACAAGGUGAUCCAUCUUGGAUUGGUUACAUUUAUGCAUUCUCAAUUUUUGCUGGAGUGGCUGUUGGCGUGUUAUUUGAAGCUCAGUAUUUUCAGAAUGUCAUGCGUGUUGGUUUUCGGUUGAGAGCUACCUUGACUUUAGUUAUAAGCAAAAUGCAGAAACUGUCAAAGGAGGGCUUGCAGCGUACUGAUAGGAGAAUUGGCCUCAUGAAUGAAAUAUUGGCUGCAAUGGACACUGUAAAAUGUUAUUGUUGGGAAAGCAGCUUCCAGUCUAAAGUUCAAAGUGUUCGUAAUGAUGAAUUAUCAUGGUUCCGCAAAGCAUCACUACUUGGAGCGGUACAAAAAUGCAUUAGGUGGUUUUUGGGUGGUGAUGGUGCUUUUUGCAUGCUAUGUCUCAACAGAAGUUCUACGAGUUUCAAGUAGCACAUGGUUGAGUACUUGGACAGAUCAAGGCUCUCCAAAGACACAUGGGUCUGGUUAUUACAACUUGAUCUAUUCACUUCUCUCAUUUGGUCAGGUAUGAGUUUGUUAAGUAGAUAUGUACCAUUUUUCUUAUCCUUCUGUGACUUUCCCUUUU